AUGGCAGACUCAACCCGUUCGAAAACCACCUUGGAUCGACUGGAGGAAGCUCUUGCCAAGCUUACUUCAAGUCACCUGCACAUCACCGGCAAACUCGAUGACCUCCUCAAUCGCGUGGCGGUUCUGGAGAAUACCCCUCACCACACUCCUUCACCUUCAUCUUCUUCGACGAACCCUGCAAUACAAACCCACCCAAUUCAGCCCCACAGACUCAAGUUGGACGUACCUCGGUUUGAUGGCACGGACCCAUCCGGCUGGUGGAUGGCAAGAAACCACCAGCUACCCACAUGGACCGGCUUCUUGCAAGCAAUUGAAGCUAGGUUUGCUCAGUCCCCUUACGAGGAUCCCACAGGCCAGUUAUUCAAAUUAACACAAAAAGGAUCAGUAAGCGAUUACCUUACGCAGUUUGAAGCCUUGGCGAAUCGAAUCACAGGUCUAUCCCCUUCCUCGCUCCUCAGCUGUUUCAUUUCCAGGCUUGACCCUGCUAUUCGCCGUGAAGUCCAAGCAUUGCAACCUCUGACAAUGGUGCACGCCGCCGGCUUGGCCCGUCUCCAGGAGGAAAAGUUUCAGGACUUUUCCCAUCCCACUUGCAUCCGCCCCUCCUUUCCUUCUUCCCCACCCACUCUGCUUUCCCUCUCGACCCCCUCACCUCCCUCACCCUUGCCGUUACUUCCUUCCCCCGCAAAGCCACCUCCUCUACCUGUCAAGCGCUUGAGCCCCGAAGAACUUGCGAGCCACCAUGAGUGUGGCCUAUGUUUUUAUUGUGACGACAAGUUCACCCGCGGCCACCGCUGCUCCUCGCGCUUCUUCCUCCUAAUUGCAGAUGAUGACCCAGGGGACGUUCUCUCGAACCCUAAUAUAGAGAGUCUGCCCCAUUCCCCUGACCCGCCUAUUGACCCAGCCCCGGCCCAAACUGAUAUUACCCAACCCGAUAUCAAUUUUAAUUCCCCCAUAACCCAACUCCAACCUGAACCUCCUCCCCAAGCCCAGAUUAGCCUCCAUGCGUUAUCGGGCCAGACUGUGCUGGAGACACUCCGUUUGGCUGGCCGGAUUGCUCAUCACACGGUGGUUAUCCUAUUUGAUGGCGGCAACACACAUAAUUUUGUGCAGAGCCGCCUUGUUAAGUCCCUUGGCCUCAUUUCACAACCCACACCCACAUUGCGGGUCCUCGUCGGCAAUGGAAGUGAAGUGGAGUGCUCUCAGAUUUGCAUGGCCGUCCCAGUCAUUACUCAGGGUCGUACCUUCACGGUUGACCUGCACGUCUUGCCAUUAUCAGGAGCUGACAUCGUUUUAGGGGUCCAAUGGUUACGAUCUCUGGGCCCAGUGCUCACUGAUUAUAAUCAUCUAACAAUGAAGUUCAUUCACGAAGGCCAAUUGGUUGAACUCAGGGGCGAUUCCGACAUACACUCAUUGGCUGUGAGCCCUCCCCAAUUACGACGUUUACUUCAAACCCAGAGUGCGAGUGAGCUCUUCCACAUCCGCAUUUCAUCCUCCCAACAAUCAUCACCUACACAUCACCCAGCCAUCAUCUCCAUUAUUGACCAAUUUCAAGCUCUAUUCCAACCACCCACUACCCUUCCCCCUUCCCGUACCACAAACCAUUCAAUUCACCUACUACCAAACACUUCUCCGGUCAAUAUCCGCCCCUACAAGUACCCCCAUUUUCAAAAACAAGAAAUCGAGACUCGGGUGACCACCAUGCUCCGACAGGGGAUCAUACGUCCGAGCACCAGUCCCUUCUCCUCACCUGUGCUCUUGGUGAAUAAGAGGGAUGGUUCCUGGCGCUUCUGCAUGGACUACCGUGCCCUCAAUUCCCUUACCAUCAAAGAUCGAUUCCCCAUUCCCACCAUAGACGAGCUGCUUGACGAAUUAGGGGGUGCAUGUUGGUUCUCGAAGUUGGACCUCCUUCAGGGCUAUCACCAAAUAUUAAUGGCACCAGAGGACAUUAGCAAGACCGCAUUCCGAACUCAUCACGGCCACUAUGAGUUCGUGGUCAUGCCAUUUGGACUGUGUAAUGCCUCGUCAUCGUUUUAG